GUCGGAGCGCAAGGUAAGCCAGGUCCACCAGGGCCACCUGGGCUACCAGGACGUCCAGGGCCUCCGGGACCUCAGGGACCUCUAGGAAAUCCAGGAAAACCAGGAAAUCUUGUACCCUUCUAUUGUGAUCGUUGCCCAGAGCGGUUCUUGAGUGAAGCCGCAUCUGAAGGCGGUGUUGCACUAAAUGCAGGAGGUUCAUUUGGUUUUGGCAGUGUGGCCUCGUCAACCGCUUCAAGACCGUCGCUAGUCGCUGAACGGACCAACACAGGACGAAGUACUGGUGAGUUUGCAAGCGCAGUUGAAAGUGGCAGUAAUAACAGUGGUACAGCAACAUUAAUUUCAGGAACUCUAAACGAAGUCUCAUACAAAGAGAACAGAAACUUGAUCAGUACCAUCCCGGCCACGUCAGUUUCGUCUGCUGUUUCUAGCGAGGAAGAUUACGAGAGAAAGAAGAAAAAGAAGAGAAGAAGGCAUCGUGCGAAGAAGGUGAUCAAGGCUUAA